GAUGUGUUCAGAGGUUACUGCUGGUUAAUGAGUAAUCCUACAGCACAUUAAAGUCCUGUGACUGCUCACAACACACAUCCAGACCUCCGACACCAUGAGUCUGCUGUUCUCAGCCGAAACAUGGGCGCUUCUCCUGCUGUGUGUGGCACUGCUCAUCAUGUAUGGGUGCUGGCCUCAUGGAUUCUUCAAAAAGUUGGGCAUUCCGGGUCCAAAGCCCCUUCCAUUCUUUGGGACCAUGCUGGAAUAUAGAAAGGGGUUCCACAAUUUCGAUACUGAGUGUUUCAAGAAGUAUGGAAGAGUUUGGGGCAUUUAUGACGCACGGCAGCCAGUUCUCUGCAUUCUGGAUCAGUCCAUCUUCAAGACCAUCCUGAUAAAAGAGUGUUACUCUUUCUUCACCAACAGAAGGAAUUUCCGUCUGAACGGUCCACUGUAUGACGCCGUGUCCAUCGCGGAGGACGAUGACUGGAGGAGAAUUCGCAGUGUUCUCUCUCCCUCCUUCACCAGCGGAAGGUUAAAGGAGAUGUUUGGCAUAAUGAAGACACACUCGAAUAUUUUAGUUGAGAAUAUGGGGAAAACGGCGAAGCGAGGAGAGUCUGUCGAUAUUAAAGAGUUCUUUGGAGCAUACAGUAUGGAUGUGGUGACCAGCACAGCGUUCAGUGUGGACAUCGACUCUCUCAACAACCCCAAAGAUCCAUUCGUGACGAACAUUAAAAAAAUGCUGAAGUUUGACUUCCUGAACCCUCUGUUCCUGUGCGCAGCAAUAUUUCCUUUCACCACACCAAUUUUCCAAAAAAUGGAUUUAGCCUUUUUUCCAACAUCUGUGACUGAUUUCUUCUACGCCGUCUUACAAAAGAUCAAGUCUGACAGAGUGGCCAAUGACCACAAGAGGAGAGUGGACUUCCUGCAGUUGAUGGUUGAUUCUCAGAAAGAAUUAAAGGCUGAACACGGGCACAGCGAGGAACACACAGAGAAAGGUUUGAGCGAUCAUGAGAUCUUGUCGCAGGCCAUGAUCUUCAUCUUUGCUGGUUAUGAGACCACCAGCAGUACUCUGUCGUUCUUGUUCUACAACCUUGCAACAAACCCAGAGACCAUGAAGAGACUGCAGGAGGAGAUCGAUGAGACCUUCCCUAAUAAUGCUCCAGUGGACUAUGAAAAGAUGAUGAACAUGGAUUAUCUGGAUGCUGCCCUGAACGAGUCCCUCAGGCUGUUCCCUGUCGCUGCUCGACUUGAACGGGUCUGCAAGAAAACCGUGGAGAUCAACGGUCUUGUUAUUCCUAAAGACACGGUUGUCAUGAUCCCAACCUACGUCCUCCACAGAGACCCGGAGUACUGGACAGAUCCAGAGAGCUUCACACCAGAGAGGUUUACCAAAGGAAAUAAGGAGUCCAUAGACCCCUACAUGUACAUGCCCUUCGGCGCCGGACCCAGGAACUGCAUCGGGAUGCGAUUCGCUCAGGUGUCCAUGAAACUGGCCAUCGUGGAGAUCUUGCAGAGGUUGGACGUCUCUGUGUGUGAAGAGACUCAGGUUCCUCUGGAGCUCGGUCUCAAUGGCCUUCUUUCUCCCAAAGACCCCAUCAAACUGAAACUCAUCCCCCGAAUCCUCUCAGAUGAUAUUUGUAACAACAACAAGUCAUGAUAAUCCAGAACGGUCCUAAAAUACUCGCUUCUCUUUCUGAGGAGAACACUAUAUUUGUCUUUUAAAAUAAAAGGAUGGUAGUCGGAAGACUUCAGUGAAGAGGAAGUUCCGACUCUGGGGAUUUGAGGGCCUUCGACUCAAAACAGAUUAAUUUAGUUGAUUUCCUUGAAGUGGAUGUUGGAUUGAUUCUGCUAUUGUACCUUGAGCACUGGGAGUUUUACUUUCAUGAAAGAUGAGAAUAAAGUUGAUUGAAAUUACAAA